AUGUCUGGGGCAAAGAAAAGAAAGUAUUCAGAUGAAUAUAUCAAGUAUGGCUUCACUGUUAUAGAGAGGAAUGGAUUUCAUCUCCCUCAGUGUGUCAUAUGCCAUACAGUCCUCAGCAAUGACGCCUUAAUACCUGGUCGUCUGGAGCGACAUUUGAGCACAAACCACAAAGCAUUAAAAGAAAACCCAAAGGAGCUCUUCACAGCCAUACUGCAUGAGCUGAAUCGUAUGAAGCUGGACUCAAGCAGUGUUUUUCAUCAAGAAACGUGGAAACUGGUGGAAGCAUCUUACGAGUUGUCACUACUUAUUGCAAAAGCAAAGAAGCCUCACUCUGUGGGGGAAACUCUUGUAAAACCCUGCCUUUUGAGUGCUGCAAAUACUGUGCUUGGGGAAGAAAGCCAAAGAAAGUUAUCAAAGAUUUCCUUAUCAGAUAACACAGUGAAGCGUCGCAUUGACGAACUUUCAGAAGACAUAAAAGAACAAGUUUUGGACAAAAUAAAAGCAUCUCGCUUCUUUGCAAUACAGUGCGAUGAAAGUACUGAUGUUGCUCACCUCUGCCAGCUGCUUGUUUAUUCUCGAUUCGUGGAUGAAGGAACUGUGAAAGAAGAAAUUCUUUUCUCAGCAGCACUGGAGACAACAGCAAAGGCCAUCGAUGUUUUUUCAAAGGUUGAUGAGUUUUUCCAAGAGCACGGUCUUUCAUGGGAAAAAUUAGUCGGUGUUUGUACUGAUGGUGCCCCAUCAAUGAUUGGAUCUCGCUCUGGAUUUGUGAAGCUGGUGAAAGAAAAAAAAUCCUGCUAUUUGGGCACUGAUUACAAGACUCUCCUGUUUCACACCGAAGUCCGCUGGCUUUCCAAGGGAAACAUGCUGAGUCGUCUUUACGAGCUCAAAGAUGAAGUGGAAAUUUUCUUGCAGAAGCAGAAACAAGACAAACUGUAUGAAGCAUUCAGAGAGGAAGACUUUCAGCUCUCACUAGCAUACCUUGUGGACUUUUUUGAGGGUAUUAACAACCUCAAUUUGAAGUUACAAGGAAGAAACACAAACAUCAUUGCACACUCUGAUGUGAUCAGAGCUUUCACCGAAAAAAUUCAUCUUUGGAAACGAAAAGUACAAGUUGGGAACUUUUCAUCGUUCUCACAUCUGAAUGAGCUCUUAUCUGAGAAGAGAAACAUUGAGCAGUAUGACGUGACAAAAGAGGUUUUAUCACAUCUGCAUUCCCUUGCUGAGGAAUUUAUGCACUAUUUUCCAGAUGUCUCAAUGGAGAAUUCUCUUUGGACAUUGGUGCAGAAUCCAUUUAACACUGAUGUGGAGUUGUUACUGGAAUCACUGCAAGAGGAAACCAUCGAUUUGAAAUGUGACUCCAGCGCGAAAAGGGACUUUGAAACAAUGAAGUUAGAAGAGUUUUGGGUGAAAUAUCUCCCCAUUUACCCAAAAGUAGGUGAAGAAGCACUUCGUGUGAUUCUUCCCUUUUCUUCUACUUAUCUUUGUGAAGCAGGAUUUUCAGCUCUUGUUGUUCUGAAAACAAAACAGCGCAACCGACUUGAUGUAGAAAAUGACUUGCGUUGUGCGCUGUCAUCCUUCAAUCCUAGAAUUUCUGAUCUUGUAAGGAAGAAGCAGCAGCAUCCAUCUCACUAA